UCGAUUCGAACGGUGGUUUUUCUGCGGAUGGACAACAACUUGAAGAGUGAGACCGUUUACAAAAACCGUUUUGUUUCGCUGGCUUCGUCGCGGGCACAAUCCGUUAGCGGAAAAGAGACAACCCCAGAUAGGAAGGAACAGGACGAUGAUGAUGAGUCGGAGUCACCAAAAAGAGCGUCGCGGUCGGUCGCAUCAGUGAGAAGGAGAGUGUUUCGCAGUCCAAGAGUCGGUCGAAGUCAGUCGCCAGUGAAAUUCGAGCCAGGAAAAAAGAAGCUGUAAAUUUUCGACGAGGAUUUUCAAUUUUGCUGGACUUUUGAUCGGUUGAAGGUGGUCGGAUUAGUCGCGAGAGAUUAGUGCGGCGGGAGUGUGAUUUGGGUGUGUCUUGGCGGUGGAAUUCGGAUUAGCUGGAAGAUAAUCGCGGGGUGAUUGAAGAGUGCGUGAAAAAGUGGGUGUUUUCUUUGGCUUGUUUUUUUUUCCUGAGUGGAUGGAACUGCUGGUGAUUGGGUGACAAGCGAGACUGACCCAUCUCUUUUCGAGAAAGCCCAGCAGGGCUCGGCAAAAUUUCCUGGAAGUGCAAAGCAAUGAGUCAGCUUUCGAAAAUGUUGGCGGAAAAACAAAAUUUGUGCAAAAAUUCAUGGUGACACAGUUUAGGAGCUGAAAAGCGCAGUGAAGAAUCCAAGAAGAAGCGCCUAGAGCAGCCCGGAGACCCCUUGGAAUUUUUUUGUCAUCGUCGCCCCGAGCGCAGCAGCUGUCAUCGCGCAGUGUUUGACAAUAUCAGGGAAGAGAGAGGAAAACACCAUCAGGAGGAGGAAACGCGAAAAAUGACAACAAGCCCGCAGUGAGAAGAGGGAAGUUUUGAUUUUGAUAGCGGCCAUCAGCCAGCCUGCGGUUCGGAGUGACCCCGUGUGGAAUGCGAAUUUAUCGAUGUCGUCUGGUCUGGAGGUAGCAGCGCAGCAGUGAGUGUGAUUGUGUGCGUUUUCCGAUUCCCCUCGGGUCGGGAGAUUCGACGGGUUCCGUUUGCGUGAGUGAGUGUGCAGAGGCAUCAAGGUGUCAAAACGCGAAAUCCUCCGCCGAAAAGAAAGGUAAAAGAAAAUAAAUUCACGGUUGUUCGAAACAUAUUUUUAGAAAGACCCGCGGUGGAUGUGUUGUGCUCUGGAACAACAAUUUCAGUUCAGUUCGAGUGGUGGAUGUGUGUCUAAUUAUACGACGAGUGAAAAAUUAUUGAAUUACUGCUCCGCCUGGUGGUGGCAGCCGGGAAAAAAGAAGAGCGAAAAGAAUCGACCCAUCGACCGGAGUGAGUGAGUGCGAGUGUUUGUUGGUGGAUCCGCGGGCCGAGGAGAAGGGAAUCGUUCGGCUGGAACCACCUGUCGUUCUCGCCGCCUGCCGUCCGUCCACGUCCGUCGUGUUCUGUUGGGUUUGACGAGGAUAAAUUAUUAUCGAUACAUUUUUUUGGUCGAGGGGCCAGCUGGUUGGACAAUUGUUACCUAGUCUGUCCGUAAGGUGAACCAAUACAGAGAAAACAUGCCUGGAUUAAUCGGAGUGAGCGAGUUCCUCGAGGAGACUCGGGAGGACUACAAUUCGCCGACGACGUCGACCUUCGUGUCCAGGAUGGUUCAGUGCCGGCAGACGAUUGCCGCCCUAGAAGAGACACUUGACUUCGAUCGAGAGGGACUGACUAAGUUGAAGAAGGCAGUUAAAGCAAUACACAAUUCAGGAAAUACUCACGUGGACAACGAGAUGUGUCUGGUGCGGGCCCUGGAACGGCUCGGUUCAGUGGCCCUGUCCAAAGAGGAGCCCGAUAUCGGUGCUGCGUUCCUGAAAUUUUCCGUCGUCACCAAAGAGCUCAGCGCCCUGAUGAAAACGCUGAUGCAAAACAUCAACAACAUCGUCAUGUUCCCGGUGGAUUCGCUGCUGAAGAGCGAACUGCGCGGAAUGAAGGGCGAAAUGAAGAGGCCAUUCGACAAAGCAGCCAAAGAUUACGAUUCCAAGUUUAUGAAAAUCGAGAAGGAGAAGAAAGCCCUGGCCAAGGACGCCGGCAUGAUGCGAACCGAGGUGACCCCGGCGGAAAUUGCCGAGGAAAUCGAAAAGGAGCGGCGGGUUUUUCAGCUGCAGAUGUGCGAGUAUCUGAUAAAGUUCAACGAGAUAAAGACAAAGAAAGGUAUCGAGCUGCUGCAACACUUGGUUGAAUACUAUCACGCUCAAAACAACUAUUUCAAAGACGGUCUCAAGACAAUCGCACACUUUGGAACCUACAUAGAGGAACUGAGCGUGAAACUACAGACAAUCCGUCACAAGCAGGAUGAAGAACGACGGAAGUUGCUAGAGCUGAGAACACUCCUACGAUCUUCACCGGAUUUCGACCGGGUGGAGAACGUUCCCAGCGAUAAAGGUGCCGUAGGAUACUCGCUUCAUCAGUUGCAGGGCGAUAAGAACCACGGGGUGACACGAUCCGGCCAUUUGCUCAAGAAAAGCGAAGGCAAGGUGCGAAGGGUGUGGCAAAAACGACGCUGUCGGGUGACGGCCGAUGGAUUCCUGGAUAUCUGCCAUGCAGAUGAAACCAAAGCUCCGACCCGGGUCAAUCUCCUCACCUGCCAGAUCAAACCGGUGUCGGACGAUAAGAAGGGAUUCGAUUUGAUUAGCUACAAUCGGCCGUACCACUUCCAGGCGGAGGACGAAGCCGACCAGAAGGCGUGGAUGUCGGUGCUGAUGAACUGCAAGGAGAAGGCACUGGCCAAGGCAUUCCAACACGCAACCCCCCAGAUGAGUCCUAGUCUAAUCGAGCUGCAGAAGACGGUCAUCAAGUACAUCCAGAAUCUCCCUGGGAACGACCAGUGCUGCGAUUGUGGAUCGAAGAACGACGUUACCUGGAUCAGUUUAAACUUUGGCAUCCUGGUGUGCAUUCAGUGUUCGGGAGUGCAUCGGGAUUUGGGAGUGCAUCACUCCCGAAUACAGAGUUUAACGUUGGAUAAUCUAACGACGGCGCAGCUGCUGAUCGCUCGGGCCAUGGGUAAUACAAGUUUGAACGAGGUGAUGGAAGCCACGCUGGGGAGCGGGAAGUUGACUCCGGACAGUUCAAUGGAGGAACGGUACGAUUUCAUACGGGCAAAGUACAUUGCCAAGCGGUACGUUAUGCGUACAUGUGCUGACGAUCGGGACUUGAGAAGCGAUCUCGAACAAGCUGUGAUCAAUGCGGAUCUUGGCCAACUGCUACAAGUAUGGGCUGAAGGUGCCGACCUAUCCUGUGUGUUACCAUCGUCGGAUUUCGGCGAAACGGCACUGCACCUGUCGGUGCUGCGCGAGAUGGGAUCCACGCUGCACAUAGUGGACUUUCUGAUCCAAAACAUGACCGCCCAGGGGCUGAACAAACAGACGAACCCUCCGGGGCCGGCGGAAAUGUCCGGCAAAAAUACGGCCCUCCAUUUGUGCGCUCUGCACGACCGGCGGGAGUGCAUGAAGCUGUUGCUAAGAUCUGGCUGUGAUUACGAAAUUAAAAAUUCGCAAAACCGCACCGCACUAGACAUUGCCAAAGAGAUGGGCCACGAGGCCUGCAAGGAGUUGAUUGAACAUGCCAUAAAGCGCGAGAAGAGCGCCUUCGAUCACAUCAACACCGACUGGAACAUCCACGACGACGGUUCGACGGAUUUCUCCGACGAUGACACGGUGCUUAUGGACGAACGGAAGUCCCGAUCGCGGCCGCCCAGUUUCGUCGGAGGUGAAUCGCCGGUGCUACGAUCCCGUUCGUCCACGUGCGAUUCGAUCCAGAGCGGUUCCAGUCCCAGUUCCAGCUGCAAUCCGAACCUGGUCAGUGGCGGGCAGCAGAUUCCCGGUGGCAGCCAGCAGCGACAAAUUCCAAUUCCCUCCUCCGGUACUAGUCCAAAGCAAUACGCCGGAGGGUUCGGAUCGCAUUACGGAUCGGCAGCCGGUGGUUCUAGUCCUAAUUCUAGCAGUUCCAGCAGUAUUAUUCGCCAAGCGACAGCUCAGAUUUCCGCAGCAGCCGCCGCUGCCGCAGCCAGUUCACAGAGCAAAAAGUCUUCCUCCGUCAACAUAGGUUCGCUGAAGAAACGCACGGCACCGGCCCCACCGCCGACCACCUACGGCACAUUGCCGCAUGCACCUCGCCAUUCGCAGAACAUUGACAGUGAGAUUUUUGGAGUAUCGGCACCUCACCUGCACCACCAUCAUCCGGAAAUGUAUAGUACACUGCCACACCUGAGGGGGUCGGAUAGCGGCGGGGGAGGAGGAGGAGGAGGUGGCAGCGGUGGGACGGGUUCAUCCGCUGGCGGUAAAUCGAACUCGUCCCAACAGUUGCACUUUGAUAACAAGAUCUACGAAAGGUUCGAGGGUUACAUACAGUCCAGCAGGGAUCCGAACUUCUUGAGUAGCUUUACCGGUGGUCAUAAACGGUCGCCUAGCGGGGAGUCGCUGGGAAGGAAUUUAGCUGGAGCAAAACUAGUCCUCCCUCCGGCGGGAGAAAUUCCUCAGCUAAAGCCAGUCGACAAAAGUUUUCACAACAGACCAAAGCUACCACCGCCGCCAGGGCCUCCGGCUGCAGACAAAGCAAUGUCCAACGGACAAUCCAACGAGAGUCUCUCGUCGAUAGACGACGCAGUCGUGUUGAGGAAAAAGGCAACCAAAGUUCAGCAACUCAACUCAUCGACCAACUAUGGGGACUUUGUGGGUGAUUUGGACCAUUCGCUGGCGUCAUCCUCGGGGGGAAAUUUGGACUCGGCCAACAGUAGCUUUAGUAGGAACGAUACCAGCGGUGCUUCGGCGGCGUCCUCCGGCGGGGCUGGUGGAACGGCUCUAGAUGUUAGGAAUAGUUUCAACACGUCCAAGGAUAGAGCGUACUUUACCGGACCGCGGCGGUGUCGAGCGCUGUACGACUGCAACGCGGACAACGACGACGAGCUCGAGUUCAAGGAGGGCGAAAUUCUGAUCGUCCUGAACGAGCGAACCGACGACGACAACUGGAUGGAGGGCGAAAUCGAAGGGGACAGCUCCCGGCGAGGCAUGUUCCCGGUGAGCUUCGUGCAAAUGUUGGACGAGUAGAGAGAGAAGCAACUACGACUAGUAAGUAGGUAAGGUUCGAAAAGUUACAAAAUUUGGUGACGCGCAACUAUGACGGCGGAGCUGAGCUUCGCCCGAACAAAACAAAACAAAACUCGAUGGAAUUAGGAAGGUGUUUUAGGUAGAUCGAAGAUUUCCGUAGUUGCGACAAAAAACAAAAUCGUUCAAGAGUGAUUUUUCUAAGUCUGCUACCGUUAAAGUAUGUCUAUUUAUCGAAACAAAUGCAAAUCCGCAUCCUCUUCUGGUAUUCGAAUAAUCUAUUUGCUAUUUAUUAUUAGUUUUUUUUACGCCUAGGAGGAUUUCUCUUCUCUCUGUCCACGGAACGGGGAGAAACACUAUCGAGAGUUAUUAGCAUAUAUUAGGGUAGUGCGGAUAAGCGAGAAAGAGUACUAUUUUAUGAAUGUGUAUUAUUACUCUAAGGCGUAGGACACGAUGCGAAUCGUAUAGUAACGAAACUGCUCAAAGUAGAAGAUGAAAUCUUUUCCUCCAAUUGAUAAGUCUCUUUGAGUCUUUUUCCCAAAUUUAUACUUGAUUCCGCGGCGCGAGAGCACACAAAGCAAGCAGCAAACGAAAAGAAUGUUAACCUAAGAAGAAAGCAUUUAUUUUGAGUUUGGUUUAAGGGAAAAAGCGGAGACGUGCAAACAAAUUGACACAAGAUGGUAAUUUUAAAUCAAAGAGAAUCAAAGCAAAAACAAAGAAAGGACAAACUACAAAAAAGCAUAUAUAUGAUUAGUUGAUAGAUAUUGUUUGUAUAAAUUAACUACCGAUUACCUAUUGCAUAUAUAUAUUGAAGAACGCAUGGAACAAAUGAAUAAAACAAAACCAUAAGCUAUGCGAAUGUGUAAAGUUACAAAGAAAGCGGAAACGUCGGAUUAUUAGUAGAAGAAAACGGAAUAAUAUGUGCCAGUAUACAGAGAAAAUAUAAACUAAGAAAUGAAA